CCAAUAACAUAUUUCCUUUUUUUUUGUUGAGGUUGAUUUCCUGAUUCACUCAACCACAGCUGUUUCAGAUCAUGUCUGAAUUAACGGAGCAAUUCUUGGCGCUGUCAGUGUCGUCGUCUCCUCUGAUUCCGCCACUUCCAGACGACGUUACCAUUGACAUCGUAGCUCGUGUACCCAUAAACCAUUACCCGACUCUCUCCUUUGUUUCCAAGAGUUUCAGGAAACUCAUUGCCUCUCCUACGCUCUACAAGAGGCGAUCCUUCCUAGGCUGCAAAGAGCAACGUGUCUAUGCCGUCCUCCGCAAGCGCAACAUUCGUUAUGAUUACAACUUCUACAUUCUCCACAGGAAACUCAACUGCAGAAACCGCUUGGUCCUCGUCGAACCACUUCCUCUCAUGUCUUACCGUGGACUCUAUGUCCCCGUGGGUUCCAAGGUGUACGUGUUUAACUCUCUCGGUGUGCUCAGCAUUGACUGCACAUCUCACACGGUUCAGCCCAUCUCCGACAUUCCUCAGCACAUGUAUGCUAAAAUGGUUACCAUCGUCAAUGGGAAGAAGAUUUAUGUGAUUGGUACUACCUUUGUUGAUGAUAUCUAUAUGGGGGGUGGUGUGAUGUGGAAAAAAUCGAAGAAGGCGGUGACGGUGUUUGAUACAGAAACACAAUCGUGGGAGCCUGAGUUGGAAAAGGAAGACAUAUGUCUCGGUAACUAUUGGUCUGAUUCUGUGGUGAUGGAUGGUAAGGUUUACAUCAAAGGUAGCACGAAUGACCCUUCGUUUGUCUUUGGACCAGAGGAAAUGAAAUGGGAAUUGAUGGACGAGAUGAUGAAUUCUAAGCAAUGGGAGGGUGCGUGUGUGGUUGAUGAUGUCCUCUACUAUCACGAUGUGUCUGAGAAUCUUUUGAGAGCGUAUGAUCCAAAGCAGAGGUGUUGGAGUGUUGUCAACGGGUUGGAAGACUUUUUGGCGGCUGAGACUGCUGGUUCAUUGCUGUGGUCCAGGACGGUGAACUACGGUGCGAAGAGGCUGGCUCUAUUCUUUACCAAAGGACAUGACGACAGUGAUACCAUUUUCUGUGCAGAGAUCGCUUUGGAAAGGGGCCAGGGAGGAGAGAUUCGGGGUAAGUUGGAUUCGUGUGAUGGUGUCAUUCAGGAAGUUGGGCCGUUUCACCUGGUGAAAUUUGUGUCUGUUACCGUUUGAUGCAGGCUGCAUAAUAAUAAUAAUAAUAUCCCUAUUUAAAUCCCUUCGUAUUUUAAAUUAUCUUAAAUGCCAUCUCGUGUGGUUGUAAGUUUGCUAACAUCGUUUAUGUUAGACAAAACCUUAAAGAGCGUAUUGUUUUACGUUGGAUUCAUGAAAUCUUUAUGAUUCGUAAUAUUUGUAAAUGUUCCCGCCUGUCCGGGAUGACUUGGGUUCGAUUAUCAUCGGCACUCGGCAGCAGCUACUUAAUUUUUAAAUACCACACCAACUUUGUAUUAUUGAUAUGUCGGUGAUAUGACAGCAUGAAGUGGCCACAAACAAGAUCGACAAGCAACACAUGUGUAGCAACUUGCAAGUCUUGUCCUUACGGAUCACAUCAGACCAUCCGAAAUAUACGUGUAAGAAUCUGAACGGAACAUUCGAAAACCCAAUCUUUUUCUGUUUCUUUAUCGAUCAUUCGAGAACCAAUCAUGUUCACACUCCUCGUACUAUUUUCUUCUUCACAACUCUAACAUUCCAAAAACUUCUAAAAUCAAUGGCAGAGUUUCAUCUUCCUCCCGAGAUCGAAAACGAAGCAGAGCAAGAGAACGCUACUUUCAUCGACGACGAGUACCUCGACUACAUCCAUUACUUGGCAUCACGAAGCAGCCAUGAAACGGAGACGUUUGGUUCUUACGAUGAAAUCUUCGGCCAAGUGUUGGGGAAUUCAUCUUCCACGCGGCGGCCGGAAACGGCCGAGGAACUUCCGGCGGUGAACUUGACGGCUGAGGAGUUGACGGAGAGGGGUUUGGUGGUUUGUGCCAUCUGUAGAGAGAAGCUAGCUCCUAGUGAGAGACUGUCUGAGCUUCCUUGUCGGCAUUAUUACCACAAAGACUGUAUCUCGAGUUGGUUGACUAAUCGGAACACUUGUCCUCUUUGCCGUCACAAUGUAAGAAACUAGUUGGGCUUUCUUGAAGUUAGUUGGUAAAAUCUGUAACUUACUCAGAAUAUAUUACAAGAAAGAUCGAGUGAAUUGGCUAUAUCCUACCUAUUCAAAUGAAUUUGUUUAGACUAAUCAACUUUGAAAAUAUGGUUAACAAUUUUGUAGAAAAAAGA